AUGUCGAAAGAAAAUCUCCAUGAAGAUUAUGCCGACGCAAAUGAGGAGGCGCAGGUAUGUAGGGUUGGCGUCCGCGUGCCUCCAUUUAACGCGGACGAGCCCGCCCUGUGGUUCGCCCAGAUCGAAGCUCAGUUUCACUUAUCGAAAAUCACACUUGACGAUACCAAAUUUUAUUACGUAGCUGGGCAAUUAGAGGCGCGCUAUGCAAUGGAGGUAAAGGAUGUAAUUACUAACCCUCCCGCUACCGAGAAAUAUCCCAAAAUAAAGGCCGAAUUAAUAAAACGUCUGUCCGCGUCGCAAGAGAAACGGACGCGGCAGCUGCUUGUUCAAGAGGAGCUGGGCGACCGCAGCCCGUCCCAGUUUCUGCGCCACUUACAAAACCUGGCCGGCGCCGCUGCAACUUCGGACCUCCUACGGACAAUUUGGUGCGACCGUUUACCGCACAAUGUUCAGACCAUACUUGCGUCGCAGUCUGAGCAGCCUUUAGAACAGCUCGCCGAUCUAGCAGAUAAGGUUUAUGAGCUAGCUCCUCCAACACCCCGUGCUCCGCAAGUGGCGACUACUUCUGGUGCUGCUACCACCUACGCACCAGCGGAUCCUAUCUCCCACGCGCCCGCUUCGCCUACCGACGCCUUGACGCAGCAAGUCAACGAGCUUACAAGGCAAGUCGCUUUAUUAACGACUAAAUACAGAAGAGGACGUACGCACUCGCGCUCGCGCUCGUCGUCAAGGCCACGAAGGCACAGCCACUCUCGACCUAGGAUGCCGCAGCCGCCGUCUAACCAUCCGCAUUGUUUUUAUCACUACAACUUUGGGCAAAAAGCACAUAAAUGUAGUAAGCCCUGCAGUUUCGACUCGGAAAACUCCCCGGGCGGUCGAAAGUAG